CGCCAGGGGGCGCAAACCUACAGCGCUGAUGUGCACUGCGCAUGCGCGUUUCAGUCUGCAGGCGGAGUCAGGAAGAGGCCGAGCUGUUUAUGUGAAGCUAUGAGCUGUCCUGUGAAUAUCUGAGUGUGUCUCAAACACACGCACACACGCUGCAGGAUGCCGAUCCCUCCCCCGCCUCCGCCUCCCACCUUCAGCCAGGCGAACACGACUCCACCUAAAUUGUCUCAGGAAGAGGCGAAAGGCAGAGGAGCGUUACUCUCCGAUAUCUGUAACGGGACCAAACUGAAGAAAGUGGGCGUGGUUAAUGACCGCAGCGCUCCCAUGAUCGAGAAGCCCAAAGGGGGCGGAGCUAGCAGUGGAAGUGGACCCAACUCUGGGGGCGGAGCUAGUGGUGGAGGCGUGUCCACGGGAGCUCAGCAGCCAAUAGGAGGCUUGUUUCAAGGUGGAGUGCCUAAACUGCGUCCUGUAGCAGAUGGUUCCGUGGGCAGAUCUUCACUCCAACCCUCAUCUCGCCCCGCUGCGCCCCGCCCUCCUGGUUGCCCGGACGACAGUGAGACCCCAGCCCACCAGCCAUCUCCCCCUCCCCCUCCUCCUGCAAGCCGGCGUGGCAAUGCUCCGCCCACUCCUUCUCAGAAAUGUGCCACACCUACUUAUAACCGUGACAAGCCCCUCCCACCCACACCGGCUCCGCCUCCUCCUCCAGUGAAACCGCCUCCUUCUCCAGCCAGCAGUCGCUCUUCUUCCUCAUCUUCAUCCUCUUUAGCGCCGCCCCCUCCCCCGCCCCCGUAUCGCCAGCAGCUGUCCGUGUCUAAUGGAUCGUCCAGUCCGGUGAACGAACUCGCCCCUGAACUGCCGCAGAGGCACAACUCGUUAAGCAAGAAGCCCCCAGCAGGAGGCCACGCCCCUACACGAGCUCACGCCCCGCCCCCUCCACCACCAAGCCCCUGCCCCUCCCCAGCUGCCUCCCGUCCUCCUCCUCCAGUACGUGACCCCCCCGGCCGUGGCGCAGCUCCUCCAGUACCUGCACAGAUGCCACGGACCAGUCGUGAAGCUCCGCCCCCUCCACCAUAUCGGACACACUCUGAUGCCCCCAGUAGGGGUAAACCCCCACCUCCCCCCUCACGCUCUCCCGCUGGAGCUCCGCCUCCUCCUCCCCCUACUCGCAACGGCCACGCCCACAACACCCACAAUUCCCGCUCCUUCGCAGAUGAUUUUGAAUCAAAGUACUCUUUCCAUCCGCUGGAUGAUUUUCCACCACCAGAUGAGUACAGACACUUCACUAAGAUUUACCCCAGUAAAGCCACCAGAGUAAUGAGAGGAGCUCCUCCACUUCCUCCUGUGGGCCGAUGAACACUGUGAGCGGUCACACACACACACACACACACACUCUAAAGCUACACAAAUCCUGCACCUUAUUUACCACGCCUCAUUCCCCAUUGUGUGACUCCAUCUGUCCACCUGGAAACGACCCAGCUCCGAGGGAGUAUCUUCUUCACCCACAGGGAACAUGUUUUAUUCUCAUGUACAGGUGAUGUACACGUUAAACUGUGAUAGUGCCAUGUUUUCAUCAAAUCGCCAGAGUAGCAUGAAAGAUUAAAUUUGGAACGCAAGCUAAUUAGCGAGCAUUGUCCUCUAAACGAGAAACUAAUUAUAUAUAUAUCAGGGUUUCUGUUAGCCGGUAAAAACUCUACAUGACCGGCAAACUAAGCACCUGCUGGACACAGUGUCUGCACAUUUCAAAGUAAUACAUACACAUAUAGAUAGACGGACACACACACACACACACACACACACACACACACAUAUAUAUUUACAGUUCUGUGCAAAAGUCUUAGUCACAUGCAAAGAAAUGCUGUAGAGUAAAGACGCCUUCAAAAAUAAUGAAAUUAAAUGUUUCUACAUUAAAAAAUCCUAUAAAGAGCAGUAAACAGUAAUAAAUGAAACAAAGUCAGUAUUUAAUGUGACGAUUCUUCGCUUUAAAUAAAUAAAGCAGUAUCUGAGGUGCAGUGUGUGCAGUUUUAUAAGGAAAUGAGCUGGAAGUGUUACUGAGCAUCUUGCAGAAGCAGCCACAGUUCUUCUGGAGACUUUGACUGUCGACUCGCUUCUUAUUUCUGCAGCGAAACCCAGCAGCCUUCAUUAUACAAACAUUUUUCUGUAACAUCACAGCUACAGUGGUUCUGGUCAAAAAACAGACAGAAAUUAAAAUGGUAUUCAUGUAGUUUGCUAAAUGGUUCCCAAUUCUCUUUAACAUCCAUUUUUAUCUGAGAAAAUUAGACAGCUAGCAUAGUACACAUCUUAGCUGAAUAACGCUAACGCCGCUGGUCACGGGGGUUUGUUUGAGUGACGGAUUCUCUGGGUGCUCUUAUAGGCAGAACUUUCUGCUGGCAUUCACAGAACAUCCAGACACAUCAUUCAGUCACAGUCAUAUAUACUCCGGAAUUAAAAUGUACUCUUACGCAGUCAGAUAUUGCUUUACCCAAUUCUAAAAUUAAUAUCUCCUCUUCCUUGCGGACCUCAAGGCAGCUGAUCCCGAGACCUAGCAGCGUAUAGUCACUGUACAAUCACAGUGCUGAACAGAGAAUAUCAGAACGGGCCACUCUUUAAAGUGUCUUGCUAAAAGCAGGCGAUUCUGAUCAGCCUAAUCGAGACCAUUAGGAACAUGUUGAUAUCAUGGAGAUAUAUGAUCCUGGUCCAGCUGCAAAGAAGCAGAAAUGUACCUUUUGAGAAAAUGCGCUGCAAGGUAACGUUUGGUUGUUUCUUUAAUUACAUUGACAUCUAGUUAAAACAAAGAUAAAUAAAAUGUUAUUAGAAGCCUUGUUAUAAAGAAAUAUCUUUCCACCAACGAAGAAUUUCUUGUUCUCGGCAUUUGUUGUGUUCAUAGGCCUGUUGACUAUUUUAUUUAGUAAUUUUAUUGAACGUUAAUUUUACUGGAUGGUGUCAUUGUUGUACAGCUCAGAAUUUUAGGGUUUUCUCGCAGCAGUAGUAAUUAACAAGUGACCGGAAUUAUACUCAUUCAUCUGGCAAACUGCUUCAUUCCCGGACACUGUGACCGGCACCAACAGUUCUGUGCAGAAACUCUGAUAUAUAUCCCAGCAGCUACAAAUCCCUAAAAAGUGCACUAAUUGUGUCCACCAUUUUUAAAACAUCCUGUGAGUUUAAAUUUAAAUAUAUGUGGUCUGUUAUGAAGACAGUUACGAGCUGUAGUUCCAGGUUUGGCCACUCGAUGUAACUAUUACAGUAUUAAUCUCUUUUCCCCUCUUCAGUGUGCUAAAGGGGUUCCUGAGGUCAUUAACAUUAAAUGAUGUUAAUUACAUUAAUGUUACAGGUUUAGGGUUCGACAUGGCGACUCGAGAGAAAAAAAAAAGUCAAUGUCAAAAAUCUUUUUAAAACCCUUGACAUAGGGUCAUACAUCACCUCUCCUGCAUCUAAUAAUCACUGAGCUCUUAAACAUGGGCUGUGUUUCAAAUCGUGUGAUGGAGUGCACUAGUGUGUUCACUCGGUGGGAUGGAGUGCACUAGUGUGUUCACUCGGUGGGAUGGAGAGCACUAGUGUGUUCACUCGGUGUGAUGGAGUGCACUAGUGUGUUCACUCGGUGGGAUGGAGAGCACUAGUGUGUUCACUCGGUGGGAUGGAGUGCACUAGUGUGUUCACUCGGUGUGAUGGAGUGCACUAGUGUGUUCACUCGGUGGGAUGGAGAGCACUAGUGUGUUCACUCGGUGGGAUGGAGUGCACUAGUGUGUUCACUCGGUGGGAUGGAGUGCACUAGUGUGUUCACUCGGUGGGAUGGAGUGCACUAUUUACAACAUCAUGACAUUCUGUGAAUGUCAGGGGGGGGUGGGUCCGGGGGUCACAGGAAGAUGCUGUGGUUCGACAUUUUAAAAGUGGCAGAGAGAGAACCCUGUUCUAGCACAGACACAGGCGAGAAAUGUUCAUGACAAAUGUUGGGUGGUAAAAUGUUUUUAUCUUUUUUCCCCAUCCCUGUCCCUGUAUUGAUCUGGUUCUGUUCCAAAUCUCUUUGGUUCUGUUCUCAUUCCUGUAUUGAUCCAGUCCUGUCUGGGUUCCAUCCCUGUUCCUUUAAUGAUCUGUUUUUUGUUCUGUUGUAGGUCUUCUAUUAAUCUGGUUCAGUGUCUGUAUUGAUCUGGUUCUUUUCUGGUCCGGUCUGUGUUCCUGUUUCUGAUCCAGUUCUGUUCAGGCUCUACAGUCACCUGUGUAGUGUAUAGAGUGAGAGUGUAGUGCGCAGCACUCGGUUUGAAACACAGCCAUGCACUUGUGGUCAGUGGGGGGUGCCAUUACGUUUGCGCUCUCGUGCAGUAGUGAGCCAGUGUUGGUUCUGAAGUUUGGAUUAAUAAUCAAUCAAACUUUAAGUGAGUAAACUUCACCUUCCUGCACUAAUUCACUCGACUUGUUUGACGGCGUGCCGAGAGGAGCUGGAGGUUCUGUUUCAGUGUGCUGUUUCUCUCUGUAACCUCAGCACCAGAGUUUUACAUAAAUAUUAGAUUUCUGAGAUAUUAUAAUGUAUUCUGCUGUCAGUCUACAUGCUACGUGCAUUAACUUCUGUAUAACACUAAAUUAAACAAAAAUAUGGAACUGAAUUACUCGUUUAUUCAUUUAUUUAUUGUAGAUUUUUUCUAAAAAAGUUCAGUCAGUCUGCCCCUGACUCACAUCUACAUUAUAAUAUCUCACGAAUGCCAGAAUAUGCUUUUAUUUCUUUUCUUUUCAGUUGGGGUGCUUUAUUAACAUUAUAAACUUUAGUUUUUUAUGUUUAUGGACCACAUUGUUUUUUUGACAAUUUGUAGGUUUUUUUUGGGGGGGGGGGUUUGUAUUUUUGUUUUUGUUGUCGUUUAUGCCUGCAAGGGAAUUCCAGCUUGUUACACCAUUGGAAAAGAAGUGAUUAAACUUUUUUUUUUUUUUUUUAAACACAUUAACACAUUUUCACUCCUGCUGAGAGAACCCAGAGUUCCCUGCGGAACCGACCCGCUCCACUAGAACCCUGUAUUAAAGGCAUGUGAUGUUUGGGACUGACUUGGACCAGCGCUGGGAUUUUCUGCAUGGUGAAGCUGCUGUGUGCUUUUCACUGUAAAUCUAAUGUACGACAUCACUUCCUGUCUAAAGGAAUUGUAAACUAAACACAGUAAAGAAAGUCAGAAAUUUAUUAAUUGUGAAAACGUUGUCAGUUUUAUAAAUCUGCAGUACAAAUGUUGCGUUAAUGUUCCUCAUGAGUUGUUACACGUCCUUAUUCACAUUUUACGCUUCAAUGCAUUUACACACCUGGUGCACCUCUCCUACCUGGUCCCGCCCCUUUAGUCCUCUGGGUUCUCUAACCCUCUCAGACCCCAGGGACCAUCCACCUGCCCUGCCCUUCUGUUCUGUAAUCUAUCACUUGGCUCCACCUCCUCAGCUCUCUAUUAAUCACCUGUCCUCACCCUCUGCGUUCUCUGGAGACAGUCUCCUGGUGCCUGACUCCGCCCCCUCAAUUCUCUUGAGCUAUUCUCCUAGCCCCACCCUCCAGUUUCCAGAGCCUCCUAUCUCUGACUGACAGUUCAGUUCUCUUUACCUUCAGCCUUGAUGUACCUUGUACACUUUAACAGUGUAAUAAUCUGUCAGCUUUCCAAGCGAGCUAACACUAGUGCUAGAAGCAGGUUACACACCUCUCCUGUCUGGUCGUGCUGCAUUAUUAGAGUAAAUAUUAAAGUUAAUUAUAAUUAAGAAACAUUCUUUUCGAGACAGAUGCCGAACUCUUCUGUGAAGGAGUUCCUCAGUAUCGGCUUUCUCUAAGCAUGUCUAGUUUCUUCACGUAUGACGUAAUUAUGCGCUUGCUGAUAAGAGUAUUGUGUGUUGAAUAUUGCGAUAAAUUGUAAAACUUAUUAUCGGCACACGAUUACUGGAUCCUCCUGGGAAAAAAAAAGUAUGUUGUGUUUUAUGCAUCUGGAAUUUUACAUUAAAUGCAGCUGAGAAAUCACCUUGCACACAUGAGGAACAUUUCCAUCCAAGUGCUUUGUACAUUUUAAUGAAUUUCAGGGGAAAAACAUGAAUGGUUUUGUUUCCUACUGCUGUUAACUGACAUGAUCACAUCAUCUUAUUCAUUUCUAGUCAUGAACUCAUCAGUACAUAAUGUACCCUUGUAGAGAAAAUGGUAGUGAUAGGCAUUAAUGUACUUUAAAGUUGUAAAAUUGUUAUAAUAUAGAAAAUGUGAAUAAACAGCCUCUGACUCAUCAUCUGUAUGUGUUAGUAAAGAAAUAUUCUGAAUAAUA